AUGCACUCCUUUUCUUCGAGGUGCAUAGGUGACAGAGUGGUUCACCAGCACAUUGACUUGAUGUCGAUUUUAGAAGCUCAGUGGCGUGAGAGCACACAAUCUGCGGCGUGUUUGCUGUCAGUGAUUGUGGAAGGGCUGGCACAAUCUUUGGAGCCUUCCGAAGGAUUCCCGGGGCGGGGUCGUGCCUCCGUACUCCGUUUUCAGUGUGGUGAUGAUUUCAAACUAGCGCUAGUCACGGAUGUCUGGCACGUGCCAAUGACACUGGUGAUGAGACACAGAGAGUACGUCGACUAG